GAAACUCUCGGUAGAGCAACUUUAGGAGUUGCAGUCUAGAGGGCGGCACCAGUGUGCGCACCCUUUGCGCGCGUCUGUUCGAACUCAUGUUCUUAAUUUCAGAGCGCGAUAAAAAAAAAAACCUUGAUCGUUCGGGAAAAAACCGUGAUGGAUGCCAAAUAACUAAGUCAAUGAUGAUGAACCAUCGCAGAAAUAAGACCCAAAAGCUGCCCAAGCAUUUGUACCCCGUUGGCGGCUACACGAAGCGGAUCGACCAGUACGGGGCGGUACCAGCGGCCGUCUUGGCUGAGGAACGCCGUCUACAGCAGCUAGAGCACCGUAUCGAGAGGGGCAGGCGAUGGCAUCUAGCGCAGUGCGAAAGGGAGGAAAGGAAAGCGGCCCGGCAUCUCCAUGAGUUGAAUGAGGCAAAAGGACGGAAAGUGUGGGCCUGUCUACCGGCUGUGACACACAGCGAGUACCUGUACGGUGGAUGUUUGGCUGUGAGGGUGCAGGAUGGGCAGGAUGGACUGGAACGUGGGAAAGAUGCUGUAGACGGUCACCUUCGGCCACAGGCUGCAACUUGCCACCGAACCCAAGCAAAGACAGACCUUCCAAAGCUCUUGAUCGACAGCCACAGACCAAAGAAGAAGACACCCGUCAGGAAACCGCGCAGAUCACGGUUUCGGGUUCAUGGUUGCCACCUCCAAAGAUGGUAA